AUGUUUUACGGCAAGGUGUUCGCAGCAGUCAUCGGUGAUAUCGAGUUUGUAACAUACGAGGCUCUGUAUCACUUACGGAAAAUUUCUCGGUCCUCGAGUGCUUCCGCAAGGUCUGGGACAGAAGGUAACUUUUCGCAAGAAACAGGUUUCUCUUCAUCGGAGCAAGGCUCCAUUGUUGCGCCGGGAUCGAUCAAUAUUGUGGUUGAAAUUGGUAAGAAUGUGGAAGCUUGA